UGACCGAAACGGCUGAGCGCCGGCUCGCGGCAUGAGCCGUGGGGACAUCCUUCCUCUGUCACCCGCGCCGUCCUGGGAUGGGGAAACUGAGGCACGGGGCAGCUCUGAGGUUUGUGUUGGCAGAGCUGGUCCUAGUGAGGGGCUUAGAGCCCCCUCCCGCUGCUCCCCACUUCUGGGGGCUCAUGUGCGCCAGGCACGGAGCGGCCCCCGGCACGUCGGGGACUGGGAGCUGCAAACGGCUGAAGAUGCACGGAAAGGCUCCUGCAGGGCCACUAAUUCAUUUUCCAGACAUUUAGGAAUAACAAAAUGUUUUAAUGAUUUCUUAGGGGAAUUAGGGAGACAUAUUUUUGUCCUCAUUAAAUUUUCUCCUGUGCUACGAGAACCAAAUGUCAGCUCGGUUUCCAGAACCCAGUUAUCUUCCCUCCCCACCUCCCCACGCUCACCCGCCGGCUCCUCCCGCCUGCACAUGGAUGCACACACAUGCACGCCCCAAAACUGCUUCCCUGUGCUCUCUGCACUCCUCCUUCUCUUCUCCUCUCUCUGUUUUUCCACAGCAUCAUCUCUUGCUCCCCUCCUGCUCCCCAAAUCCUCCCUCCCGCGGUUCGUCCCCGUCUGUUCCGUGUCCACAUGUCUCUCGACAGGCGAACUCUUUGUGGAAUACUUUCCAAGCACCACAUAAGUCCUGAUUCGACAUUUUUUGCUUUGAAUGGCUGCUGUCAACACAAAUCUCUGGCAGAGACUGUAACGGAGCCUGAUUGCUCAGCAAGUAUUUUGAUAAACGCCGCUCCUGUGCUGGAGGCUGCCCGGAGCCUGGAGGAUCGGCUGCAGCAGCUCCAGCGCCUCGAGCCCGAGCCGCCGCCCCUGAAGGAUCUCAGCCGGCCCUGGAAGAAGCACACGGAGCUCGGCAGCACCAAAGAGCGCAGGGAGGGGAAGCCGCCCGCAGCCGAGCCCCCGCUCCCCGGCCUCGACGGCAAAGCUCCGAGCACAGAAACCUCGCUGCAGAGAAAUGAGGCAGACAAGCAAAAGGGCCUCCAGGAAGCUCAGGUCACCUUGGCCGCUCGGCUGGGGGAGGCAGAGGAGAAGAUCAAAGUGCUCCAUGCAGCGCUGAAGGCCACCCAGACAGAGCUGCUGGAGCUGCGCUGUAAAUACGACGAGGAAGCGGCGUCCAAGGCAGACGAAGUCGCCAUGAUCAUGACCAACCUUGAAAAAGCCAACCAGCGGGCGGAGGCGGCGCAGAGGGAAGUGGAGAGUUUGCGGGAGCAGCUGGCAGCCGUCAACAGCUCCCUGCGCCUGGCCUGCUGCUCCCCGACGGGCACCACGGGGCAGGACAAAGUGAACUAUUCCAUGUGCUCAGGGUCGAGGUUGGAGGCAGCUCUGGCUGCCAAGGACCGGGAGAUCCUGCGGCUCCUGAAGGACGUCCAGCACCUCCAGAGCUCGCUGCAGGAGCUGGAGGAGUCCUCUGCCAACCAGAUCGCCGAGCUGGAGGGGCAGCUGGCCGCCAAGAACGAGGCCAUCGAGAAGCUGGAGGAGAAGCUGCAGGCUCAGGCAGACUACGAGGAGAUCAAAACGGAGCUGAGCAUCCUGAAGGCGAUGAAGGUGGCCUCUGCCGGCUGCAGCCUCCCCCAGGCAAGUGCCACGGCGCGUCCCGAGGCGCUGGCCGGGCUGUGCCAGCCCUGCCGACGGUGCCUCCGCCGCCUGUCCCCAUCUCGGCUUGGCUCCUUGCAGAGCAUCUCCAAGGCGGAGGAGGCCCUGCUGCUGGGGAAGGAGGCUUUCUAUCCCUCCCAGAAGUACCUGCUGGAGAAGCCCAGCCUGCUGGCCAGCACUGAGGAGGAUCACUCCGAAGACGAGUCGGGGAAGGAUCCAUUGGGCAUGGAGCAGCCGUACCCAUCCCCUCACCACGCCCCCGCCGAUGACCCCUCAUCCCCCACGCCCCUCCCGCCGCUGCCUGGCCCCGGCAUGGCCCCCGACGGUCCCCGGACUUUCUCGCUGUCCCCCUUCCCCGGGGGCGAGCGGCUUUCAGGGGACCCCAAGGCCCCCCACCUCCCGCUGCCCAGCUACAAGAGCGAGAGCAGCGGCGGGGGACCGCCCUUCCCCUCCUCCUUCUUCGGGGCCAAAAGCAGCACCGUGCACCCCGUGCCGGCCGCCAGUGCCACCAGCCCGUCCGGCGAGCCCUCCGAGGGCAGCGCCGGCAGCUCCGCCGAGGAGGAGCAGCUGGACACGGCCGAAAUCGCCUUCCAGGUGAAGGAGCAGCUGCUGAAGCACAACAUCGGGCAGAGGGUCUUCGGGCACUACGUGCUGGGGCUGUCACAGGGCUCCGUCAGCGAGAUCCUGGCGCGGCCCAAACCCUGGCACAAGCUGACGGUGAAGGGCAAGGAGCCGUUCAUCAAGAUGAAGCAGUUCCUCUCCGACGAGCAGAAUGUGCUGGCCCUGAGGACUAUCCAGGUGCGCCAGAGAGGUAGCAUCACGCCGCGGAUCAGGACACCGGAGACCGGCUCCGACGACGCCAUCAAAAGCAUCCUGGAGCAGGCAAAAAAGGAGAUUGAGUCGCAGAAGGGAGGGGAGCCCAAAACGCCGUCAGCAUCGCAGGCAGCAGCCAACGGGGCGGGCGGCAGCAGCUCGGAGGACGCCAUCAAGAGCAUCCUGGAGCAGGCACGGCGGGAGAUGCAGGCGCAGCAGCAGGCGCUGCUGGACAUGGAGUCGGGGGCCAGCGGGCGCAGCGGGGACGCGGCACCCGCCGAGCGCUCCACGCUGGCCACCGUCAGCCAGAACAUCGCCCCGGCCCACGUCAAGCAGGAGGAGGGCAGCGGGGCCAGCCCCGGCCCGCCGCAGACGCCCCUGGCCGUGCUGUCCCCCGCCGCCUUUGUCCAGAGCAUCAUCCGGAAGGUGAAGUCGGAGAUCGGCGACGCCGGCUCCUACUUCGACCAGCACUGGGCGUCGGAGCGGAGCCUGCUCAGCCGGCCCUACACCUCCGUGUCGCCUUCGCUGUCCUCCUCCUCCUCGAGCUACUCCAGCAUGGCCAACGGCCGGGGCUGGCCGCGGGGUGAGCCCGGCGAGGGCAGCACCAACGAGGACGAGCUGCAGCCGGCGGAGGAGGAGCCCCACCGGCUGUCGGAGAUGAAGGCGGAGGGAGCCGGAGCGGAGCCGGCAGCUGGUGGGCGUCUGUCCUACUACCCCACGUACGUGCCACGGACCCUGAAGCCAACGGUGCCACCACUGACGCCGGAGCAGUACGAGAUGUACAUGUACAGGGAGGUGGACACGCUGGAGCUGACCCGGCAGGUCAAGGAGAAGCUGGCCAAGAAUGGCAUCUGCCAGAGGAUCUUCGGAGAGAAGGUGCUGGGACUGUCCCAGGGCAGCGUGAGUGACAUGCUGUCACGGCCCAAACCGUGGAGCAAGCUGACGCAGAAGGGUCGGGAGCCUUUCAUCCGCAUGCAGCUCUGGCUGACGGACCAGCUGGGCCAGGGGAUCAGCCAGCAGCCCACACCCUCCCAGGCCAGCCCUGCGGAACCCCAGCCGUCCCCCUCGCCGCCCCCCAGCCCCGCCGAGCACGAGAAGGGCUGCCAGGAGCCCCUCACCCUGGCCUUGGAGAGCAGCAAGGAGAACCAGCAGCCCGAGAGCCGCUCGGCGCCUGCCCUGGGCGGGAAGACAUAUCCCAACAACCAGGGGCCUGUAGGCAUCCAGGAGAUCGUGGCCAUGUCCCCCGAGCUGGACACCUACUCCAUCACCAAGAAGGUCAAGGAGGUCUUGACAGACAACAACUUAGGCCAGCGGCUGUUUGGGGAGAGCAUCCUGGGCCUGACGCAGGGCUCGGUGUCCGAUCUCCUCUCCAGGCCCAAGCCGUGGCACAAGCUGAGCCUGAAGGGGAGGGAGCCCUUCGUCCGGAUGCAGCUCUGGCUCAACGACCCCCACAACGUGGAGAAGCUGCGCGACAUGAAGAAGCUGGAGAAGAAGGCCUACCUGAAGCGUCGCUACGGGCUGAUGAGCACCGGUUCGGACAGCGAGUCCCCCAGCGCCCGCUCCGAGUGCGCCAGCCCCAGCGCGCCGCCGCAGGACCUCAGCCUGCUCCAGAUCAAGAAGCCGCGGGUGGUGCUGGCGCCAGAGGAGAAGGAAGCCCUAAAGAAAGCCUACCAGCUGGAGCCAUACCCCUCCCAGCAGACCAUCGAGCUGCUCUCCUUCCAGCUCAACCUCAAGACCAACACCGUCAUCAACUGGUUCCACAACUACAGGUCACGGAUGCGCCGAGAGAUGCUGGUGGAGGGUGCGCAGGACAAUGACACUGACCCGGAGCAGAGUGGCGGGACAGCCAUCCCCGGGCGCCGGGCCCCCCACAGCCCCGAUUCGGACACCGAGGAUCACAAACCCGUGUUUGUGGGGGGCGAGCCCCCCUGUGCCGCCGUGCCCGUGAAGGUGAAGGAGGAGCAGGGGGAUCCGGGCGGCUGGAGCCGCCGGCGGGACUCACGCAGCCCGGCCGGAGCGGCCGAAGGGACCGGACCUCCCCAGGAGGAGCAGGGGGCAGCCCCCCACGCCGCCGCCCCCGCCGCCGGCAUCCUCCCGCGGCGGGGAGGCCGAGCCGGUGCCACCGCCGGGGGACCCCCACCGCCGCCACCGCCACAUCCCGACAGCUCCCAGUCCUCCGCGGGGUCAUCCCGUUGCAGCUUGGUGGUCUCCCCGACAUCGCCCUCGGCAGCUUCCUCGCCCGGCCUCACCGGCUCAGCCUCACCAGGACCAUCCUCCGCCGGGCCGGUCUCGCCGGCGCUUCCGCCGGCUCCUGGCCCCCGGCUCAGCACCAGCGUCCAGCGGCGCCACGAGAAGAUGGCCAACCUCAACAACAUCAUCCACCGCCUGGAGCGGGCUGCCAACCGCGAGGAGGCCCUCGAGUGGGAGUUCUGAGCCCCCCAACCACCCUAAAUAUAUAUAUACAUCCCCACACAUAUAUAUAUAUUUUGAUAAAUGCAGUGUGCACCGAGAGGUGAUGAGUGGCCGGUGCCACAGAAGAGGAGCGCCCGUGGAAAAGAGGGAACCGCCCUCACCCCUCUGGCUUUGUUUUAAAUGUGAAAAACUGGGUACAAUUUUAGAAAAGAAAAACAAACAAAAAAAAAUAUUUAUAGACCUCUUUUAGAUAUUUUAAUAAAAGGAUACUUUGGAAUUUAUUAACAGCUUAAGCUGCUUUGAUAUUAAAGAUAGCUAUAAAAUCAAGAUGAUGUAGCAGUCGUGUCAUUAAAUGUACACUGAAGUCUUGUAGUUUGCCACUGGAUGAGAUUAAAAACAAAUAAACAAAAAAAAACCCAACCAAACAAAAAAAAAACCCACAGAAAAGACUUUUUUGAGCAAAGCCAUCAAGAAGCACUAUGAGACUGACCAAAUUUAAGAAACUUUUGCAGUUUCCACCCCUGUCUGUAAGACACUGCAUCGCUUCUGCCCCAGCCAGAGACUGCGUCCUAGUCCCUGAAGACUCUAAAGCCCCUGACACCAUCGAGUAUGUAUUUAGUUCUGGUGUUUUAUGUUUUUGGAAGCCUUUGUAACACAGAAUGUCCCGUGCGGUUGUAUAUGUUGUAGAAAUGUCUGCAAUAGCCUUCUGGAACAAGAUGUAGCAUGGUCCCAACGCCGUCCCUCGCGCUUCCUCCAGCCGGCGGCUCGUGCCAGCUCCCAAAGGAAGAGACAAAAGGAGGCAAAAGCAAAGAAAGCAACCUGAGCUUGGGAUUUUGGGAGUGGGAUGGGAAAAUGUACCUGGGUGUGGUGCUUGAGGAUGGUGCCAGCUCGCUGGGGAUGGACAUCCGAGGCAUCCCGGUUCCCCGUCCAUUCAGGAGAGAAAAAGAUGAAGCCUCUGAGCUUUGGCCCUGGGGCAGCAGUGCUUGAGGUGAGUGCCCAAAAAUCGUGAGCCACACACUCACAGGCUGAGCCCUGCUUGGGGCUUCUCCAGCAUCACAGCCAGCUCUUGGGGCUGAAGCACUUUUUUAGGGAGAGCGCCUGGGCGGGAGGAGAAUCCCACUUCCCCAGGUGGUGGAUGUCAGUGAUGGCAGGAUGAGCUUUGGGAUGUCACAUCACCCUCAACUGGGCACCACUGAGCCUUGGCUUCCCAGGGCUGACCCUGUGCAGACACAGGAGCUUGGUGGUGGCCCCAUCCCGGUGUGCUCCUUGUCACCUCCCUGACCCCACCACCUCCAGCCGGCCUCUGCUAACGAAAUGCCUUUAAACCCUGUGGAGUGUCCCACGCUGGGCUGCUCUGCCCUGUCCCCUGCCCACACGGCAUCAGCCAUCGCCCACCAAGGCCCUGCCAGGCUCCCAGGCGAUGCAAUGACUGAUUUUCCACUGUAGACGUUUUUAUCAGAAUAGAAGGUAUUUUUAUACUCGGGUGGUAGUGGGUGAGCAAUGGGUGAGGGCACGGCUCUCCCUGGCUGCCUCCCCUGCCCUGACGAGCCCCAGGGCUGCUCUGCCACCGUGCUGUGGAAGGAGGAGGUGUGACCACUGACUGCCUUCUCCGUUGCGUGCUAGAGGGAGCUUUAGUGGAACGGGAUUUGAGGAAGCACUUAGGAUAAUCCUGAGCGCGGCAAUCCUGUUGUGUGAAAGCCAGCGGGACACACCGGUCACGUUUUUGUUAGGCUCAUGUUCUGUACUUCAAAAGUUUCUAUGAGAUCGAUGAACUUUGUUUAACAAUUUUGAAAGGAACAAGUUCUGUAAAGAGCCACUAAAUACAGAAGUUGGAUACGA